AUGGCGCUGGAGCGCACUACGGAUGGUCGGCUUGUGCUCGCAGCUCGCGAACUCCUAGGCAAGUUGACUGCGAUGCACACGCCGCGGAUGGCUGCGCCAGAAGUGCUUGCAGGCUCCCUGGAUUAUCUCCCUCGUCCCAGUCCAUGUCCAGCCCGUCUCACGCUUUCCCGGCCUCCAAUCCCCCAUAUGAAGCCUGUCGCUGCCGCUGUUGCUGCUUCCGCAAAUCUCCCCACGUGA